AAUAAAUACAGUGCUACAACACAAGACCAAAAAAAAAAGAGCGCGCACAAUUCAAAAUACCCGCAAACCAACUUUAAUAACUAAUUAAAUAAAGAAGCUAUUUGAAGAGACUUCCGUAAAUAUCGAUUUAAAUCUCGGAACCGAAAGGAUUUUUCAAAAUAAAAAAAAGAUAAUUCGCGCAUUGCGCAUAUGAAGUUCGUGUAAAGGGACGAUUUGCGACCUCGACGCUCUGUGCUGUUUAUAAACAAGAGUUUCCCUUUUGAGCGCACUUUUCAGCAUGGAAUGGUCUAUACAGAAGACCCUUCAACUCAUUGAGCAGUACCAUUUAAAGCCCAUCCUCUGGGACUCGAGCAACUGCUUUUAUAAACAGUACAACAAGAGGGAAGAGGAAUGGACCAGCUUGGCUGACAUAUUUUCAACUUCUCCAAGUGAGAUCAAGAGGAAGAUCAACUCACUGCUGGCAUCCUACCGCAGGGAGAGGAUCAAACUGCAGUCCACUACUGGUGAAGAUACUUCCAGGUGGUUUGCAUUCAAAGAGUUGCACUUUCUCAAAGACAAGUACACCCCCAGAAAAAUGACAAACAUGGAGGAUGAAGAGCAUUACGUGAAUCCAGACAUGGUAAAGAUUGAGGAAGUAUUGUUUACGGAGGAGAUGGAUGAAGAUGUGGAUGAACCAAAGCAGACCGAGAGCAACGAGAAUUAUGCUUAUACUUCUGAGAAAAAGCAGUCAUCGGAUGGGAAUGUGCACGACGAGAACAUAGCACCGCCAAAGUUCUUCAAGAGGAUAAGGGCUCGUCCCGUAAAGGACGAAUACGACGUGUACGGAGAGCUGAUCGCUCACGAAAUCAGAAAGUUGCCACGUCGCGAUCAGUACCGCGUUAAGCACUCCAUCAACAACAUUAUAUAUGAAGCUCACAUGAACGAACAAAGCCCAGAUAACGCAAUCCAAUAUUCCUCCCCGAACUCGUCCAGCAGCUCCGUCAGUCCGCAGGGUCAAUCCUCCCAAGUGACCACAUCCCAAAACUAAACCUAUAUCGUCGUUGUGAUCAAGAUCCUUAAGAAAACUUGUCCUUCAAUUACUCAAGCCAACAUUCAAAAGAUGUUACUGUUAAGAUUUACUAGUCAAUUUGAAUUUAUCAAAUAUCAUCUCACGAAGAUUUUAAUUGUAGCAUUAACCUACCACAAAACCAUUGAUUAAUUGAUAAUUCAGUCAAAGAUCAGCUUAAUUCAAUGUUCACAUUUGCUUAUAUACGCUUUUUUUAUGUCCUGCUUCAAUUAUCUGUCUGUAACUUCAAUUCAAUGUCAUGCAGGUGUGAUUUAUAAUGAAAUAUUGCUUUUAAGUAAUACUGCAAAUCUGUAUCGAAAACAAAAAUUGCCAACGAUUUAAUGAUCUAGCUCAAUUUGCAAUUCUCAAAAGUUUUCUUGGGGGUCU